CUCUUGGUGGAGCGAGGAAAGGAAGCCGCCGCCUCCGCCACCAUGUCCCGGCUCUUCUCUCUGGCCGACUGCGAAGUGAUCGGCUUAGAUCUGGACCACACGCUGUGCCGCUACAACCUGGUGGAGAGUGCCCGGCUUAUAUAUGAAAGCUUCGCUCAGUACAUGGUGAAAGAGAAAGGUUAUGAUAAGGAAUUGCUGAAUGUAGCUCCUGAAAGCUGGGAUUUUUGCUGUAAAGGCUUGGUGCUAGAUAUGGAAGACGGAAACUUCCUUAAGCUUGCUGAGGAUGGAACUGUUUUGAGGGCAAGUCAUGGUACAAAACAGAUGACCCCUGAAGAAAUUCUGGAGACAUAUGGAAGGAGGGAAUGGAGGCACUUCAAGACAUUAAGUGGAAUGGUUUCUCGUUCAGCCAAAUUUUAUGCCUAUGACAAUUAUUUUGAUCUACCAGGGGCACUUCUUUGUGCACGGAUUGUGGAUGGUUUAAACAAGCACAGUCCUAGACAAAAGUAUGAUUUCUGGAAGGAUAUGGUUGCUGCCAUACAGUAUAAUUAUAAAACAUCUGCUUUUAAAGAAAAUUGUGGGACAUACUUUCCGGAAGUGAAGCGCAAUCCAGAGAAAUACAUACAACGUUGUCCUGACUCUGUUAAAAAGUGGCUAAGAAGACUGAAGGACAAUGGAAAGAUUCUAGUACUGAUUACCAGCUCUCAUAGUGACUACUGCAGGCUGUUAUGUGAGCACACUUUAGGGAAUGAUUUUGCAGACCUUUUUGACAUUGUAAUCACGAAUGCCCUGAAACCAGGCUUCUUCUCCCAGCCACCAAAUCAAAGACCUUUUCGAACACUUGAAAAUGACGAGGAACAAGAGGCCCUCUUAAGCUUGGACAAACCUGGCUGGUACUCCCAAGGUAACUCAACCCAUUUGUAUGAGUUGCUGAAGAAGAUGACUGGCAAAGUAGAACCAAAGGUGGCUUACUUUGGUGACAGCAUGCACUCGGAUAUUUUCUCAGCCCACCACUACAAUAACUGGGAGACUGUCCUCAUCUUAGAGGAGCUUACAGGGGGCUGUGCUAUGAUGACUGCAGAGAUGGAGUCCGAGCCCUUAGAGAAGAAAGGAAAGUAUGAGGGACGUCAUGCAAAAGCUCUUAAUUCUGUUUCUAAGCAAUGGGGUUCUUUCUUUGUGAAUACUAUUUCAAGAAAGGAAGGCAUGGAGGAAACCUUGGUAAAAACAUGGUCCUGCAAAUGUAUUAGUGCAUACAGCACCAUUGCAAUCCCGAGUAUUGAAGCAAUAGCGGAUUUACCUCUGGAUUAUAGAUUCAACAGAUUUUCCUCCAAUAGCUCAAUAACUGCUGGUUACUAUCCCAGACCUCCAAGAUGUUUACUAUCAAGUGAUGAGCCAAUGACAGCCAAAUAGGAAAAGACAAUCCAGGUGGCUUUAUGUUGCUUAAAUGAAUAUAUCAAAUUGAAGCAAAUCUGUUUAUUAUGGUUCAUGACCAAAUUGAAGUGAAUAUUUCAACCUUAUAUAUAGAAAUGAAUGUAUUAGUUAUGAUUGGGAAACAUGCAAAUGAAAUGCUGCCUUAAUGCAAAAGUUAACUCUAAAAUAAAAAAUAAACAAUGCAGACAGACUGCCCCUUCAAAAAAAAAAAAAAAAACCAAAGUUGUUGUUGUUGUUGUUUUACAUGACUGUAAUACAGGAGCCCUAAAUAUUUGUGGCAAAUGUUUUCUUACUCAGAUUUUGGAGAGUUUGCUGCAAUCUUCUAUAUUCAUGGAAUAAAUACUUGGACCAGUAUCUUUAUCCAGUUUGUGCAUUGCAUGGUCACCAUGAUUCUCUUCUGCAUAGAGUAGGAUCAUGCAGACACAUCUGCAGCACCACAUUUUGUCCUCCUUACUGGAUACUCCAGUUUGCGAGGUUCUUCCCAUGUGACAAUGAAGACAAGUGCGUGAUAAAGGCCAUUGCAAAUGGGGCUGAGGGUGCACAGAGCAGAGCGCGAUUCAGCACUGUACUAAUUGGCCCAUAAUUUCACAGUCUGGUUAAACAUCAAUAUUUGGAUGUUAAGCCCUAUGGAAUGAGAAGGGAGUUCUACUACUUGAUCUAAAAUCUGUUCAGACCACAUUAGUAAAACAAGAUCAUCCAGGCUGGUUAUAUACCCAUUUUGAAACCGCUUUACAAAAUGCAUUCUGAUAAAUGCAUGCUGGACCCUUUGGUUCAAGUACAUCCUGUGAAAUCCUUCUCCGAUAUGACUCUCUGCUUUAUAUCUCAAUCUUUAUGAUAAAAGGGAACCUGCAUAGUUGUUUAGAAGGGUAAGCAUCCCGGAUUUGUGAAAUAACUUCAGUUGAAAAAGUGGCAGUGAACUUCUUUGUACUACUGUAUGGAUGCAAAAUCCUUGGCAAAACAAUUCUGUUCAUGUCUAGGCCAAUAGUGUUUACUCCCAGUUGAUUGGUUAUAGAUUGCAACCUAACCCUGGAGCAUGAUGUGCACUUACUUGAGAAUGUGUCCCACGAGUGUAAUAAUGCUCACAUCUGAGCACAUAUGCAUAGGAUUGGGCUGUCGGCAAGCCAAUGUAUACAUCACUGAACUGUUUCCAUUAUUAAAGAAACCGUGAUAUGCCAGAGAGCAAGCAGCCCGCCUUGCAUGUGGACUGCAUCUCACACAGAAAGGGUGAGCUGCUGUAAUAAUAAUUACCACCCAAAGACCUGGUUGUAUAAACUUAUCAAAAUUUCUAAAAGCUUCCGUCUGCUUUGGCAGCACUCAUCUGUGCAAAGUUCAAAAUAAAGGUUAUUUAUCCUGAGAAGCUCUGGAUUCUGUUACUUACAGCUCUGCAUAAGUAAAAGGUAAUGGAACAGUUCCUAAAAAGCACAAGAAGUUGAAUUCUUCACUGUGAAUUAAAGAUGGAAGGAAAACAUGUUUUGUUCACCAAACUACAGUUAUACUUCAUUAUUUGUACUUCCAAUUUUGUAGUGCAAAUUUUUCAAAAUGUGUGUACAAAAAGGCAUGUUAAUAGAGGGAAAUGCACACAAAAAUGUGUCUUGCCAGUACUAUACAAGGGUUAAGAAGAAACUUCAUGAGGAGAAACUGCAAAAAAAGUGCAUUUGGGCCAGAUUCCAUACAAACAUGUAUAGGAAAAGUACACAUUAUACAUGUGAAUUGUCAUAUAGACUUUUUUAAUAUUGUAAGUUAAUGCAGGCAUGGGAAGAAAAGAAUUUAAGAUUAGGAAAGUGGAAUUGAGAGAUGUGCAGCCUACAGAUCUGUUGCAUCCUACUCUGGAGUGGGACUGCUCGAGAGUAAGAAAAUAAAGAGCCAAAUUCAAA